GUUUUUUUUAGGAAGAGAAGUGAGCAGUUUUGUGUUUGUAUUUUUCUCUGCUAAGAUCGCUCAACAGCUCCCCCAGCUUUAUUUAGUUUCUUCUUCUUCAUCAUCACAUAAUCAACAUUUUGGGCGAAUAAGCAAAGUCCUAAGUUGUGUUUCUCAAUGGAUGCAUAAUCUUCAAAGUCAACAGCUAAAAACCCAACAAGGUAAUCUGUCUCCUGAUCUGAAAUUGUCCUUGAAGAAGAAGAAAGAGAAAACUUUGAUACUCCAAUCAUCAAGUGCAGUUGAUCACUGAUAAGAUCUGGCGGAACUUCAGUUUCAGAUGAGGUAAACUUCUUUUCGAGUAAAGCUUUUGAUCUGUAUUCAGAUGGGAACGAUGGCAGAAUUAGGAAGCAUGGGAAAGUUUGUUGGAGAAGAGCAGCAAUCUAAGCAGUUGGUCAUAUAUAGACAAUCAGCAGAAGAAUGGCUCUCCCACGUCCAUUCUCUCAUACCAUCAGUCCUCCAAAAAUCCAAAACGGUUCCAAAUUUCAGUGGAAGAUGGAAGACAAUCAUCUCAAAGAUCCGACAGAUCCCAGGCUGUUUAUCUGACCUCUCAAGCCACCCUUGUUUCUCCAAGAACAAGCUCUGCAACGAGCAGUUGCAGUCCGUGGCUAAAACACUCAACGAAGCCAUGGAGCUCGCCGAGUUGUGUUUAACUGAAAACUACGAAGGGAAGCUCCGUAUGCAGAGCAAUCUCGAUGCCUUGUCUGGCAAACUGGAUUUGAAUCUAAGAGACUGUAUGGUUCUGAUCAAGACCGGAGUUCUAGGUGAAGCAACGUUGCCUCUAUACAUCUCAAGCUCAUCAGAAACACCCAAAAUUUCAAGCCUAAAGGAACUUCUAGCGAGGCUUCAGAUAGGCCACUCGGAAUCAAAACAGAACGCACUAGAAAACCUGAUCCGUGUGAUGCAAGAAGAUGAAAAGAUGGUGAUGCCUUUGAUGGGAAGAGCCAACGUGGCAGCUUUGGUUCAGUUACUAACCGGAGCAACAAGAAUAAGAGAAAAAGCGGUGACUCUGAUCAGUGUACUAGCGGAAUCAGGACACUGCGACGAGUGGCUCGUCUCCGAAGGUGUGUUGCCUCCUCUGGUUCGGCUUAUCGAAUCAGGAAGCCUCGAAGCCAAAGAGAAAGCUGCGAUCGCCAUCCAGAGACUGUCCAUAACAGAGGAAAACGCGCGGGAAAUCGCAGGACAAGGAGGAAUCACGCCGCUGAUGGAGCUCUGCAAGACGGGGGAUUCAGUGUCGCAAGCUGCUAGUGCAGCUGCGCUGAAGAACAUAUCGGGAGUUGCGGAGCUGAGAGAGUUACUAGCGGAGGAAGGGAUGGUGGGAGUGUCGAUACAUCUUCUAAACAACGGGAUACUGUUGGGAUCGAGAGAACACAUGGCUCAGUGUUUGCAGAAUCUCACUGCAUCCACCGAAGCUCUACGCGAAGCCAUCGUUUCGGAAGGCGGAGUCAAGAGCCUCUUGGCUUAUAUCGACGGUCCUCUUCCGCAAGAACCGGCGGUUACGGCUCUGAGGAAUCUAAUCCCGUCGGUAGACACAGAGACGUGGAUGGCUCUCAACUUGCUUCCACGAUUAGCGCACGUGCUAAGUUCAGGAUCGUUAGGCGCGCAACAAGCAGCGGCAUCGGCGGUCUGUCGUUUCUGUAGCUCACCGGAGACGAAGAGGCUAGUGGGAGAGUCAGGGUGUGUUCCGGUGAUGGUUAAGCUUCUGGAGUCCAAAUCAAACGGAUGUAGAGAAGCGGCAGCUCAAGCAAUAGCAGGAUUGGUGACGGAGGGGAGAAUAAGACGGGAGUUGAGGAGAGACGGGAAGAGCGUGACGAAUCUGGUGAUGCUGCUGGAUUCGAACCCUGGAAACACGGCCAAGAAGUACGCUGUGGCGGCGCUUACGGAAUUGGCGGGAAGCGAGAAGAGUAAGAGAGUGAUGGUUUCGUACGGAGCUAUCGGCUAUCUGAAGAAGCUUUCGGAAAUGGAAGUGAUGGGAGCCGAUAAACUUCUCGAGAAGCUUGAGAGAGGAAAGCUCAGAAGCUUCUUUCACCGGCGGUAA